AUGGGCGCCUUGAGAACACCAUCAGCAUGCAAGUUCUUGCUGAUCAGCCUCGUCCUUGUUGGAUUGUCAUCAAUCCCAUUUGUCGAUGCUGCGAAGAAGUUCCACAUUGUGGGUGAUUCUGGUUCAUGGGGAUUUUACUCAUAUGAUACUUGGGCUUCUAGUAGAACCUUUGUUGCAGGAGAUGUAGUUGUUUUCAAGUACCCGGAAGGGGCGCACAACACUGUUCGCGUAAGCGAGUCUGGAUAUAGUAGUUGUGAGGCUACUGAGAUGGAAUCAAUGAACGCAAUGCGGACAGGAAAUGAUAUGUAUUCACUGGGAAAAGGAGAUAAUUACUUCAUCUGUGGCAUUCCAGGACAUUGCGGUGCAGGCAUGAAGAUCAAAAUUUUCGCCAAGUAG